AUGAAUCCUAGGGUUGAGCACUGCAAUGCGACAGAGCUGAUAUGUGAGAAAUCUGAGGAAAAAGAAGCGGAUCGAUUGUUCCCUGAGACUGCUUUAGGCGUAGAAGAGAGAACAGAGCAGUCUGCUCGCUCUGAAGUGACUGUUCCUGAAGAACCUGCUAAGACUCCACCAGCUCUAGUCUAUAUUCCUAAGGUUCCCUAUCCUAUUCCACCUCGACAUCUGAUGGAUCCCAUUAGUGCAGAGCAGCUGGCUGGGUUUAGGAAGAUGAUUCGGCCAUUGCUUAUGUUCUUCAAGAACAGUAGAGAAACCCAAGAGGAAAUUAAAGCACUCUUCACCGAAGCAUUGACACCAUCACUGAAGGUGUUGCCUAAGGUUGAUGACCCUGGAAAAUUUGCUUUUCCAUGUUCCAUUGCUGAAGUGGAAUUUAAGGAAGAUCUUUGUGACUCUGGAUCUUGUGUGAAUCUUGUCUCAAGGGCGAUUGUAGACAAGUUGGGCAUUGCUGAUGUUGAGCCUUCUCACGUUGUUGAGAUGAGAAAGGAUCAUGAGAUGCCUUUGAUCCUGGGAAGAAUAUUUAUGGCUACAAUGGGAGCAAUCAUCGAUAUGCCUAAGAAGAGAGUCUCCUUCUCCAACAUCAACAAGAAGGUUUCUACAAGGCUGUUCCCACCAGAUUGCACACGCUGCACGCAUCUUCCAUCAUAG